AGGGUCUUUUCUAAUGAGUCAUAAUACCCUCAGUUCAGUUCAGUUGCUCAAUCAUGUCCGACUCUGUGCAUAUUCUAUCUUGGAGCAAUUCAGAAAUUCUCACUGUUACAUAUUUCUUGAUGACCUGAGAAUGAAAUGAAUGGUGGUCCCAGAAAGUUCUAUACUUGAGAGCAAGGUUCAAGGCUCAAGCAGUUACUGAUAUAAUCAGACUCUCUAUAAUCAUCUCCUUACUAAGCAUCCAGAAACUUAAAAUUUACCUUGGCCGGGGCUCAGGAUGGAUUUUUGGUGACAUGUAGGAAAGGGGUUGAUGGAGGCACCCCAUGCUGUGGGGGAACUGGUCAUAUAGCCAAUACCACAUGGAUCUGAUUUCUUUCUGAAUUGAGCUGGCAGGAGUAACAUGUGUCGGAUAUAAGAGGUAUGCAUUUGCAGGCUUUGGCAAAGAAUCCCUAGCGUUAACUGUUAACGUAGGGAUUCUUCUCUGGCUUAAAAGCAACCACGCUAGUCGGAUUUCAUUUCAGUUGCUUCAUCUGUAAAAUGACGAGAAUAAUAGUAUCUGCUUAGACUGCCACAAGGAGGAAAUGAAAUACUGUCUAUAAAGUGCUCAGCAUAGUGCUUGACAUAUAAUGUUAAAUCAGUGGUAACUAUUGUUCUAUUUCUUUAGAAACAAAGUGUUGGGAAUUGGGAUUCAAGGAUUCCCUACAAAAAGUGAAAGUGAAAGUAGUUUCCUAAAUAAAACAGAGAAGGUCAGCCUCUGCUACUUUCGUUUCCUCUUCCCCAGGAAAGUCUGCCUUUGCAAACACGUAUGUGUAUAUUACGUGAGUGUAUAUGUCUGUGUCUCUCCUCCCACACCGUACCCCCAACUCCAAACAAAGGAGGUAUGGAGGAAGAGAAGGCAGAAGAGUGUUUCUGAGAAAGGGGAAGCUGUGGUUUUAAAUCAAACUUGGGCUGAGGAGAGAGACUGAAUUACUUGGAUAGGUUUCUGAAUCUUUGUGCCAAGAACUGCUACUAAGUAUAGAAGAUUAGGAUCACUUGGUCACCCAUGUCACCAGAUUUCAAGAUGCUGCAAGUGUCCAGAACCAAACUGGGCAGGCUGAGCCCCAGCCUCUCCAGAGGGCUUCACCACAAGGCGGUGAUGGCCUUGAGGCGGGAGGAUGUGAAUGCCUGGGAAAGGCGGGCUCCUCUGGCUCCCCGGCACGUCAAAGGGAUCACCAACCUGGGGUACAAGGUCUUAAUACAGCCUUCCAAUCGGCGAGCCAUUCACGAUAAGGAAUAUGUCAAAGCUGGUGGCAUUCUCCAGGAGGAUAUUUCUGAAGCUUGUCUAAUUUUGGGAGUUAAAAGACCGCCAGAGGAAAAAUUAAUGCCCAAGAAGACUUAUGCAUUCUUCUCCCACACAAUAAAGGCUCAGGAGGCCAAUAUGGGUUUGCUGGAUGAGAUCCUAAAACAGGAAAUCCGACUUAUUGAUUAUGAGAAAAUGGUGGAUCAUAGAGGAAUACGGGUGGUGGCAUUUGGACAGUGGGCAGGUGUGGCAGGGAUAAUCAACAUUCUUCAUGGGAUGGGUUUAAGGCUCCUUGCUUUGGGACAUCACACACCUUUUAUGCACAUUGGCAUGGCUCAUAACUACAGGAACAGUGGUCAGGCUGUGCAAGCUGUCCGCGAUGCUGGCUAUGAAAUAUCUCUGGGUUUGAUGCCGAGGUCAAUAGGGCCCUUAACAUUUGUGUUCACAGGGACUGGUAAUGUAUCUAAGGGAGCCCAAGAAAUCUUCAAUGAAUUACCUUGUGAGUAUGUGGAGCCACAUGAAUUAAAAGAAGUUUCCCAAAAUGGAGACCUGAGAAAAGUGUACGGGACAGUGUUAAGUCGCCAUCAUCAUCUUGUCAGGAAAACAGAUGGUGUAUAUGACCCUGUAGAGUAUGACAAAUACCCCGAGCGCUACAUUAGCCGUUUUAAUACUGAUAUUGCACCCUAUACAACUUGUUUAAUUAACGGGAUCUACUGGGAACAGAACACCCCUCGUCUACUCACCCGCCAAGAUGCUCAGAGUCUCCUGGCUCCAGGCAAGUCCCCAGUUGCUGGUGUUGAAGGCUGCCCUGCAUUGCCACACAAACUUGUGGCAAUAUGUGACAUUUCAGCGGACACAGGAGGAUCCAUUGAGUUUAUGACUGAGUGUACGACCAUAGAGCGUCCCUUUUGCAUGUAUGAUGCAGAUCAGCAUAUUAUUCAUGACAGUGUGGAAGGCUCUGGGAUUCUGAUGUGUUCCAUUGACAAUUUGCCAGCACAGCUUCCAAUUGAAUCUACAGAAUACUUUGGAGACAUGCUUUACCCUUAUGUUGAAGAAAUGAUACUAUCAGAUGCGACACAGCCUCUUGAAAGUCAGAAUUUUUCUCCUGUGGUGCGAGAUGCAGUGAUUGCAUCUAACGGCAUGCUGUCUAACAAGUAUAAAUAUAUCCAGAAACUCCGAGAGAACAGGGAACAUGCUCAGUCACUUUCAAUGGGCACCAAGAAGAAGGUCUUGGUUCUUGGAUCUGGUUACGUAUCUGAGCCUGUAUUGGAAUACCUGUUGAGAGAUGACAGUAUUGAAAUCACAGUAGGUUCUGACAUGAAGAAUCAAAUUGAACAAUUAGGCAAGAAAUAUAAUAUUAAUCCUGUUAGCCUGCACGUUGGUAAACAAGAAGAGAAGUUGAGCUCCUUGGUGGCAACACAGGAUCUUGUCAUCAGCUUACUGCCUUAUGUAUUGCAUCCUCUUGUGGCCAAGGCAUGCAUCGCAAGCAAAGUUAACAUGAUCACUGCAAGCUACAUCACCCCAGCGCUAAAAGAAUUAGAAAAGAGUGUCGAAGAUGCUGGCAUCACAGUCAUUGGCGAAUUGGGAUUGGACCCUGGUCUUGAUCAUAUGUUGGCAAUGGAAACAAUAGAUAAGGCCAAAGAAGUGGGAGCCACGAUUGAAUCUUAUGUUUCCUACUGCGGUGGCCUUCCAGCUCCUGAAUGUUCAGACAAUCCUUUGAGAUACAAAUUUAGCUGGAGUCCAGUGGGAGUUCUGAUGAACAUAAUGCAGCCCGCUACCUACCUGCUCAAUGGAAAGGUUGUGAAUGCUGUAGGAGGUGUCUCCUUUCUGGAUGCAGUCACUCCCAUGGAUUAUUUCCCUGGAUUAAAUUUGGAAGGUUAUCCUAACAGAGACAGUACGAAGUAUGCUGAGAUUUAUGGCAUUCCAUCUGCUCACACUUUAUUACGAGGGACACUGAGGUACAAGGGGUAUGCCAAAGCUUUGAGUGGAUUUGUGAAGUUGGGUCUCAUAAACAGAGAUGCGUUUCCUGCCCUUCAACCUGAUGCCAAUCCGCUCACCUGGAAAGAACUCCUCUGUGAUCUAGUUGGGAUUUCAUCCUCUUUCAAAUGUGAUGUGCUUAAGGAAGCUGUCUUUAAGAAACUGGGAGGAGACACAACCCAGCUGGAGGCUCUCGAAUGGUUGGGCCUACUCGGGGAUGAACAAGUCCCUCAGGCCGAGUCUCUCGUGGAUGCCCUCUCCAAGCAUUUGGCCGUGAAACUUUCCUAUGGUCCUGGAGAGAAAGAUAUGAUUGUGAUGAGAGACAGCUUUGGAAUCAGACAUCCUUCUGGACAUUUGGAAAAUAAAACUAUUGAUCUUGUGGUUUAUGGGGAUGUCAAUGGUUUUUCAGCCAUGGCUAAAACUGUGGGGUUACCCACUGCUAUGGCAGCCAAGAUGUUACUUGAUGGUGAAAUUCAAGCUAAAGGCCUGAUGGGACCCUUUUCAAAGGAGAUCUAUGGACCAAUAUUGGAGCGAAUUAAAGCAGAAGGCAUUAUGUAUACUACACAGAGCACAAUCAAACUAUAAUUGAGAAUUAUAUUUUGUUUUUAUCUUCCCAGCCAACACAGCUCUGAACUUCUGUGCAGCAAACAUGCUUGUUAAUGUGAUAUUUUAAAACAUAAAGCAUGAUAUGUUUUGAUAUGUCAAUACAAUGGUGUUUUUGAAAUAUAAAUCUCUAUUUUAAUAUGAAAACAUUUGUUAUGAGAGAUGCCAGUAAUUAUCAGAGAACUUUAGUAAUUCUAUCAUGUAUUUUUUUCAUGUGUAUGUAAAAAUGAUAAUGCUUGUACUACUUGUUAACUUAUUAUGCAACUUUUUUUCUUACAAGAAUAUAUUUUCCUAUAAUUAGCAGGUGAAGUUUUAUCUUUUUAGUAAGAAGAAAAUUUCUUCACACAGCUUUAUUUUUGUUUUGCUCUUGUUUUUCAGACUGAUUCAGCUGAAUGUUUCUAGAUUACCUGUCUACAAGCUUUUGCAAUAAUGCUAUUUUGUGCCUUUUUGUAAAAUUAUGAUUUAAGAAAGUUACAUUUCUGAUAGUUUCCUCUUUAAUGUUGAGAAAAGGAAUAGGUAAGAUUAAAUCAAAAUCUACAGGAUCAGCUUAUUAGGCACAGGAAAAGAAUCUAACAAAUUCAACAUCCUUUUGUGAUAAAAAGCACUCAACAAACUAGGAAUAGAAGGGAAUUCUUUAACCUGAUAAAGUGUAUCUAUGAAAAACCCAGAGCUAAUAUCAUACUCAAUGAUGAAAGACUGACAGAUUCUCCCCUGAAAUCAGGGACAAGACAGAGAUGUACACUCAUGCCAUUUCUAUUCAGCUUGUACUGGUAGGUCUAGAUGGGACAAUUAGGCAAGAAAAUGAAAUAAAAGACAUCCAGAUUAGAAAGAAAGAUGUAAAACUAUCUCUGUUUGCAGAUGGUAUAAUCUUAUACAUAGAAAAUGCAAAAGAAUAAUCUAAGAAAACAUUAGAUCUAAUACAUGAGUUCAUCAGUUGCAGGAUACAAGAUUAACAUUCAAAAACUGAUUGUACUGGUACACAGUAUCAAUGAAUAAAGCAAAAAUGAUAUUAAGAAAAGAAUUCUUAAAAAAGUGUAGAAUAGGAAUAGAAUGAGAGUUCAGAAAUAAUGCUUAUUGACUUUUGAAAAAGGUGCUAAUUCAGUUGAGAAAAAUAGUAUUUUCAUCAAAUGGUGCUGAAACAACUGGAUAGCCACAUGCAAAAGAAUAAAGUUGGACUCCCUACCUCACAGCA